GCCUCUGAUUACGACAUGGCCGAGAUCACCAAUAUCCGACCUAGCUUUGAUGUGUCACCAGUGGUGGCCGGCCUCAUCGGGGCCUCUGUGCUGGUGGUGUGUGUCUCGGUGACCGUCUUUGUCUGGUCAUGCUGCCACCAGCAGGCAGAGAAGAAGCACAAGACCCCACCAUACAAGUUUAUUCACAUGCUCAAAGGCAUCAGCAUAUACCCAGAGACCCUCAGCAACAAGAAGAAAAUCAUCAAAGUACGGAGAGACAAAGAUGGCCCUGGGAGGGAAGGUGGACGUGGGAACCUGUUGGUGGAUGCAGCAGAGGCUGGCCUGCUGAGCCGAGACAAGGGUCCCAGGGGGCCUAGCUCUGGGUCUUGUAUAGACCAGUUGCCCAUCAAAAUGGACUAUGGGGAAGAACUGAGGAGCCCCAUUACAAGCCUGACCCCCGGGGAGAGCAAAACCACCUCUCCAUCUUCUCCAGAGGAGGACGUCAUGCUAGGAUCCCUCACCUUCUCAGUGGACUAUAACUUCCCGAAAAAAGCCCUAGUGGUGACAAUCCAAGAGGCCCAUGGGCUGCCAGUAAUGGAUGACCAGACCCAGGGGUCUGAUCCCUACAUCAAAAUGACCAUCCUUCCUGACAAGCGGCAUCGGGUGAAGACCAGAGUGCUGCGGAAGACCCUGGACCCUGUGUUUGAUGAGACCUUCACCUUCUACGGCAUCCCAUACAGCCAGCUGCAGGACCUGGUGCUGCACUUCCUCGUCCUCAGCUUUGACCGCUUCUCCCGGGAUGAUGUCAUCGGGGAGGUCAUGGUGCCAUUGGCUGGAGUGGACCCCAGCACGGGCAAGGUACAACUGACCAGGGACAUCAUCAAGAGGAAUAUCCAGAAGUGCAUCAGCAGAGGGGAGCUCCAGGUGUCCCUGUCAUAUCAGCCUGUGGCACAGAGAAUGACAGUGGUUGUCCUCAAAGCCAGACACUUGCCGAAGAUGGAUAUCACCGGUCUCUCAGGUAAUCCUUACGUCAAGGUGAACGUCUACUACGGCAGAAAGCGCAUAGCCAAGAAGAAAACCCAUGUGAAGAAGUGCACUUUGAACCCAGUCUUCAAUGAAUCUUUCAUCUAUGACAUCCCCACUGACCUCCUGCCUGACAUCAGCAUCGAGUUCCUUGUCAUCGACUUCGAUCGCACCACCAAGAAUGAGGUGGUGGGGAGGCUGAUCCUGGGGGCACACAGUGUCACAGCCAGUGGUGCCGAACACUGGAGAGAGGUCUGCGACAGCCCCCGCAAACCUGUGGCCAAGUGGCACAGUCUGAGCGAGUACUAA